AUGGAGUCGCCUGCACCGGCCCCGAUUCAAGAUGAAUCAAGCGUCAAGACAGAAGAACCUAAGACUUCCAAUGAUGUUGAAAUGACCGAUGCGCCAGAAGCAAAGCCUGAACCCGAACCGCAGCCUGAACCCGAAGCAGAAGUAGAGACAGUAGCUGCAAAGCCAGACACAAAAACAACGGGAAAUGCGCCAGAACCUGUAGGCUCCCUUGCGACGGUCAACGGUGUUACAAAGGAUGGAUAUAUUGUUAUGAAUGAAGUUGUACACAAAUUGUCGGAAUAUCGCACGGAAGACGGUUACGAUAUCUCACAGCUUUUUCAGCGCAUGCUCAACAAGAGGUUUCUACCAGAUUACUUCGAGGUGAUUAAGGAACCUACCGCAUUCAGCACCGUUAGACAAAAAAUCCUCAAGAAGCAGUACAAGAGCUUCAAGGAAUUCGUCCGCGACUUUGCCCUCAUAUCUCAUAAUGCACAAGUUUACAAUCGUCCGUCUGCAGCUGCAUAUCAUGACGCCAUUGCGCUUAGAGAGUUAUUCAAGAAGGAAAUGCAACAAUUGGUAGAUGGAAAGGUGAUUACCGCAGAGGAAGCAGAGAUGCCGUAUCUAGGAGAGCUCCCACCCGUCGAAGAUUCACCACCACCUGGCCCUGGAGACGAAGAACAGGAGGAAGACGACGAAGAUGACGAAGAGGAUGAUGAAGAAGACGAUACCGAUGAUGAAGGCGCGAAACGAAAAUACAAACGCAAAAUUCGACGUUCGAGCGUGAACAGGCGCGAUGGUAAUACUGAUGAAGCAACAAAAGAGCCCGAAGUGCAGAAGAAGCGCGGUAGACCACCUAAGGUGCAUACUCCCAUGGAAGCCCGCAUAAAUAAUAUUCUGAAGGGAUUAAGAAAGUUUAAAAAUCCUAGGGGAGAGCUUAAAAUUGCACCAUUCGAAAGAUUGCCCGAUAAAACAAAUAUGCCCGAAUAUUACCAGGAAGUCAAGACCCCUAUGGCAAUGGAUCUCAUUAAGAGGCAGGCAAAGCGUAAGAAGUACGAAACUGUGGGCGAGGUUUUGAAGGAUAUAGAGCUCAUGUUUGAGAAUGCAAAGGCGUUCAAUGAGGAGGAUAGCGAAGUUUAUAACGAUGCAGUGUUCCUUCAGAAUGAAGCUAGAGCUCUAGCUGAACAAGAGAAGAACAGACCGGAUGAAGACUUUGCCUCUGAGGAUGGACGAAUACCUCUCAAAGAGAUCCUUUACAAAGGCGAGAUGUGGAAGGUUGGAGACUGGAUUCACAUAACCAACCUUAACGAUGUUACAAAGCCAGUAGUUGGCCAGAUUUAUCGAACCUGGCGGGAUAUCUCAGGACAAGACUGGAUUAAUGCUUGUUGGUACUUACGGCCCGAGCAAACAGUUCAUCGUUAUGAUAAACAUUUCUACGAAAAUGAGGUUGUUAAGACUGGACGCUAUAUCGAUCAUAAGAUUGAUGAUGUUGUUGACCGUUGCUUUGUCAUGUUCUUCACAAGAUACUUCAAAGGACGUCCCCGUAACUUUCCUGCGGAUAAGGAGAUCUAUGUUUGUGAGGCGCGUUACAAUGAAACCGUAUUCAAGCUCAACAAAAUCAAGACCUGGGCUAGCUGUGUACCAGAUGAAGUGAGGGAGAAAGAUUAUGAAAUGGAUCUCUUUGACACCCCAAGGCCCAUGAAAAAGUUUCCGAGCCCGAUCAAACAUCUGCUCCGCGAUGAUGCUACAGAACAUGACGAGACUCCAAAACCCACCAAGGGUGUAGAUGGGGCGCCGCCUAUUGUUGGAGCUGUGCAUAAGCUACCUCGUGCCGAAAAUGACUCUCCACCACCAUCGCCCACUCCACCUGCCGCAUCUCCUGUACCAAAUUCAGAACGAAGUCGUCCCCCUCCUACAAGCGAAAGACCUCGAUUUGACUCACAGGGAGAUAUAUCAAUGGGUGGAACAACUCCAAGCGCUACUGCCUCGCCCAUGAUCAAUCAGCAUUCAGCUCAACCGGCAUAUACGCAAUCCUUUACACAAGCUCGGCCAUCUGCAUCUCCAGCGCCUCCUCAGCACGCUCAUUCAUAUAGCUCGCACGGAGCCACACAAGCUGUACCACCAACUCCGACGUACCAGCCAACAACUUCAUAUAACCAUCAUACUUCCUCCACUCCCACCACCACCCACCACCACUCCAACCCAUUAGCCAACUACCAGAGUUAUCAUAGCAGCAGUACACCACGUGUUGGUGGCUCUGGUUCGAAUUCACAUGGUUCACACGGGAACGCAUACAAUCCACCACGUGCAAUUGAAGUAUACACACUUUCAGAUGCAGCAAAUUCUGCCAUUCCACCCGACGUUCGAUCACAAUUUCACACGGAUGAAUUUGGCAGGGUCAUUUUCUAUACUUCUCCUCCACUUGAAUCAAACCCAAUCCCGGAAGAAUCCCAGGUUUUGGGACAUAGUUUGAAGUAUCUCGCCAACAAAGUACGACGUAAGGAGGAACUUGAGAAGAAACGCAAAAUCCGUGAAAUCGAGUUGGGAAUCGAAGCUAGUGAAAGAUCGAAGCGUAUGAAAGCUGAGACAGAGGCCAGAAAACAAGCCAUACUUGACACUCAAGUCAUGCAGAUUAAAGCCUGGACUGAGGACUUGCGAAAGGGUACAGAGGCGCUUUAUAAACAGUUGAAUGGUGCGGAGUAA